CUUUGGUCAUUAAAGUGAUUGGCAGCGGAAAUUUAAUUUGUCAUUAAAUGUUUCCAUUUCGUUCUCAGUUGGAAGAAAAUCGAGCCUGAUCAUAGGAGUGAAAAAUGUGCAAGGAUAAAGAAGAAAAACCCCCCGGUGAAAAAGGUCCGCGUGCUAAAACCAGUGUGAAAAAUUUCGCGUCGAAGAUCCUCGGGUUUUUCUCAUCUGGUAAAUCGUUGCAAGAUAAUUUACCUCCUCGUCCUACACUGUCGUCCAUCAUCGGUAUAAUUAGAUCUUGGACACCUAAACGACCCAUGAAAUACCCGUACACCAUGGGCGCAAAAGUAAUCCAGUUUCCGUACAAGUUCUACUACCAGAAUAACUGGAUAUGGAGAUAUUAUCCGUAUGGCAUUUUGGGGUCGGUGCCGGUUUUCUGGUACUUGUCUAGUCUGGCGAAUUCGCCGUCGAACGUCGCAACCUGGGCCGAGAAGCGUCGCAAAGAGCGCGAAGAGGGUCAUUAAAAAGUAGAUUUUGUUA